AGGCUCUCCAAGCUUCUCCCACUGUAGACACAUCCUGCGUGCUGACAACUCUCUGCAGAUCCUCACACGGGAAUACAAGACAGCCCUCAAGCAAGCGAAUAGAGACCAAAGACGAGCAGAGGUUGUGUCAGGACCAGCCCCCCUCACAUAUAAAAAACACUGCUGUGUUCAAUCGUCAGAGUGUCAACAAUGGCCUUCAUCCCUCUCCUCACCCUCCUGCUCCUCUCUUGGCUCGGAAGCUCGACGUCUCUCUUCCUGCCCGACUCCCAGGAGCUCAGGCAGCUGUUGAGUCGCUACGAGGACCAAGAAGUGGGUCACAACAGCACCGGCCAAAAUGGAAGCGGCAGCAGGAGCAGACGUGCCAUCCGCUGGUCGGACCGGGAGGAGAUCCUCCAGCUGCACAACAAGCUGAGGGGCUCGGUGUACCCUAGCGCGGCCAACAUGGAGUACAUGGUGUGGGAUGACGAGCUGGAGAGGUCUGCCACUCACUGGGCCGAGGUGUGCCAGUGGGAUCAUGGACCUCAGGACCUGCUCAUGUCCAUCGGGCAGAACCUGGCUGUUCACUGGGGCAGAUACCGCUCACCCGCCUUCCACGUUCAGGCCUGGUACGACGAAGUGAAAGACUACACCUAUCCCUACCCUCAUGAGUGUAACCCGUGGUGUCCAGAGCGCUGCUCCGGGCCCAUGUGCACCCACUACACCCAGGUGGUUUGGGCCACCACGAGCAGAGUUGGCUGCGCCGUGCAUGUGUGUCCGAGGAUGAACGUGUGGGGGGAAACAUGGGAGAACGCCGUCUACCUCGUGUGCAACUACUCCCCAAAGGGCAACUGGAUCGGGGAGGCUCCCUACAAAAAUGGCCGCCCUUGUUCCCAGUGUCCUCCCAGCUACGGAGGAGGAUGCAGAAAUAAUUUGUGCUACAAAGACUCCCAGCGCACAGAGACUGAGGAUAUGAACGAGGUGGAGAAGCCUCAGGUGCCCGUCGUGCCUCGCACAACCGCAAAACCCGCACCCAAACCCUCCACUCCAAAGAAACCAGUGUCCAGGCCGUCCACGCCAAGCAGCCCAUCCUCAAGGAAUCCUAGUAACACCAACCUGGCUCAGAGCAUCAAGUGUGAAACCAGACUGAGAGACAAGUGCAAAGGAGUGACCUGCAACAGAUACAAGUGUCCUGCUAACUGCAUGAAUAGAAAAGGAAAAGUUUGGGGAACACUCUACUAUGAUGUGCAAUCAAGUAUUUGCCGUGCCGCCAUUCACUCCGGUGCGAUCGACAACAACGGAGGAGUUGUAGACAUCACAAGGAUGGAAACAAAGGUUCCCUUCUUUGUCAAAGCCACCAAAAAUUCCAUUGAGUCUUUCAGUAAAUAUAAGCCAGGGAAUGCCUUUAUGAUGGCCAAAGUACAAGAAUCCAAUAUUGACUGCUACACGACAGUCGCCGAAAUCUGCCCAUUCAAAAAGCCCCUCUCACAUUGUCCGAGAGUCUUUUGUCCUUCUGACUGCAAGAGUCAACCCUCCUAUUGGUCACCGGUUGUUGGCAGCAACAUCUACAUGGACAACUCCAGUAUUUGUAAGGCGGCCAUCCAUGCAGGGGUGAUCCCACCAGACGGGGGGUUCGUGGACGUCCUGCCUCUGGACAAGAGAAAGAAUUAUGUUGGUGUGCUGAAAAAUGGCAUCCAGUCCGAAAGCAAGAGCAACACAGAGGGAGGCUCCUUCCGCGUCUUCGCUGUCAGGGAGUGAGGCAUCUGUCGGUAUAUCCGAAAGUCACCUCACCUGCUCUUGAGGAGCAGGAAGUGCUUGCAGGUUUGAUACCACAACCAUACAUGUGCCUUCGGCGGAAGCCGAGCGCCUCCACACAGUCUGAACUCUUUCCCCCUUUCAAGUAAAUCAAGGAAAUCACGUUUUCCCACGUAGAGAAAACCCUUAGAAAGGCUUCACGUGUGAAUGUUGUAAAUUAAAAUACAUUGAACAGCUGGUGCUGGCUCGAUGAAAGUUAUUAUGUUUACAUUGGUGUUAUUAAUAUUUUUUUCAUAUGUGGGAAUGUAUACUGAUCACACUUUAUUUAAUCAGCGUGUACAUAAUAUAUAUUUGGAAGAAGUGCCAUGUAUUAACAAUUUUUUUUAAAAUAUUGUCUCCUUUUGCAACACUUCCUCACUCCUGCUCAUGACUCGUUGCUGUUUUGGCUCAGAGAAUGUUGGCAAUCUUGUGGUUACGUUUUAUGGCAUUGGAUCACUUCUGCAUUUACUUCUUCUGGCUUAAUUUCCAAAUGAAAAUGUUUGCCUCCCCGACCCCACCCAAGCCAGAUGAAUGUGUCACAUUUCAAUGACAGAUGCAUUUUAUAUGUUGACAUGGGAGCCAUAAUUGGAAGUGCGGAAAGUUUCAUGUUCAAAAUCCAAAUCAUUUUGUUGAUGCACUUUUGUAAUAUUCACACUUCAUUGCAUUUUACGUGAGAAAUGUGUCCAAAAUGGACAAAAGUACGACUACAACCACAAGCCAGGAUAAUCUGUCCUUAUGAGCAGUAUCUACUGUUCUUGUUCAUAUCAUAUUCACGUGUGGCCACAAAGAAAAUCUUUUCAGUGUAUAUUUCUUUAUUCUACCUCAAUCCUAUCGCUAUGCUUGGCAGUCCGGUCUUUAACAUACCGCAAUUGUAAUGGGAAGUGUAUGAUGGGUUUUGUAAAGUUCUGCGAAUUGUAAAUAAUGGUAUCAUUUUGGUCUUUUUUUUUUUUUUUUUUUUUUUUGCAGCGAGGUCAUGAAAAGAAUGUGUGACUGCGUUUCUAUACUGUCGAUUCACUUAUUUUUAUAUAGGCAUGUAUACUGUAAUGUUUUUAAAAUAUUUUUUGCACAAUUUGAAAAUAAAAUUGAAUUUUAAACCGCAA